CAACACGGUCUGUUUGUCAAUAUUGGCAAUUCGGAUGUGAUAAUGGUUACGAAUGUGUGCAUCGAUAUUAUCUUUGUGAUGGAAGGAAUCAUUGCUCUGAUGGUAGUGAUGAAUGGUUUUGGAACUGCGGUAUGUUCUAAUUUUACUAUCUAAUUUUGCAGACAUGAACAAGUUAUAAUUAUCUCAUUUGACAGAGACACAGUUUUUCAAAAGUUAAAUUGUUAAUUUAUAAUUGUUAUAGCAAGUUCAACCAGUCCAUCAAUUCAACCUUCGUCAACAGGUAAGUUUAAUGUAAGCAUCUUUAAUAAUCUCUUCUUUAGUAUUUUAUGAGCUGUUAAUUGUCCACUGUCGGUUUUCCAUCUGUUCUUCAACGUCCACGUUCAUAUGUUCCAGCUCCGUAAUAUUUCUGAACGUCUGCAUCUUCUUUUCGUAGGUUUAUCCCCCCUUCCGCAAUGUUUUUAGAGUGUAGUUUUAGGUCCGUUCAAAGCGGAUAAAGAAUUGGGAAGGGGGUUGAUAAUUGUAAGCAGACAGUGUUGCACGCACCUACUCACAGAAUUUCAUCAACAUUGUUCUUAUGACAUAUGUGACUAUAUAUCUCGCACUAAAUUAAAUUGUCAAGUGUAUUAAAGGUUAUAUUUUAAGCUGACUUUUAUAUGAUGGAAUGUUUCAAGUUCAUGUGAGAGGACUUGAGAAAGCAGGAAGAUGCAGCUUUUUCAAGAAGGUUAACCUUUUACUGAUGAUCAAAAGGGCCCAGCUCAUCUGAAAAUCAUGCUUAACUACUGGAGCAACCAUGCAAAGGGCCUAUUGGGGUAAAUGCCCCUGUAGUUAUAUAGUUGAAGAAAUGCCCUGUCUGUGCAUCAAUUCAACAAUUGUUAACAAGUAAGCAUAAGUAUGGGGUUUCGCUGGCGCAGUUGUAAGAGUAAGUGCCUUUCACAUCUGAGAUCGUGGGUUUGGUUCUCGCUUCGUACUCAUGUGAAAAGAAUUUGUCAAGGUUCUGCCGUAAGUCGUGGGUUUUCUCUGGGUGCGCCGGUUUUCUCCCACAGCACAAGCUGACAGGGUGGGUUAGGAUAAAUAGAUCUCAAUUGUUGUAAAGAUAAAUAGUCUAGGUUAAGUAAGUAACAUGAGCGUAAUACUUGAUGUAAUCGGUCACUGAAAAGCCCCAGAAUGGGAGUGAGCUGAAUAAUGUAAUAAUGUAAUGAAGGGUAUUUUAGUGAAUUUCUUGCGUGCUUUUUGAUGAACUUCAUGAAUUGCUAGUCGUCGUCAUUACAAGUAAACUUUAAUCUGCUAAUAUACGGUAAGGGAAGCGUUAAUGUAGGAUUUACUGUUAUUGGGAACAAACAGGCUGUAAGACUAUUGAAUAUUAUAUUCUCAAAAUUGAUUAACAGGUAGGAAUGGACAUAGUUGCAAUAACGAGGAAAUCCUUUUUCUUGUAGAUUCAUAAGAAUCUUGAGUAAGCACGCAUGUUAUAUUAAUUUUAUUCAGCAACACGGUCUGUUUGUCAAUAUUGGCAAUUCGGAUGUGAUAAUGGUUACGAAUGUGUGCAUCGAUAUUAUCUUUGUGAUGGAAGGAAUCAUUGUUCUGAUGGUAGUGAUGAAUGGUAUUGGAACUGCGGUAUGUUCUAAUUUUGCUAUCAAAUUUUGCAGACAGGAACAAGUUAUAAUUAUCUCGUUUGACAGAGACACAUUUUUUCAAAAGUUAAAUUGUUAAUUUAUAAUUGUUAUAGCAAGUUCAACCAGUCCAUCAAUUCAACCGUCGUCAACAG